AUGGACUUGGGCGGGCAGUCUAUUGCUGCCCUACGUAAGCUCGUGAGUGGCAUUUAGACCUGCGCGAUCUAGUAGCAUCGUUCUGGCCAGUAGGUCAGGUGCUGUAAAGCGUAAAGCCUAUUACGACCUGGUUAGUCGGCUACCACUGUAGGAUUUUUCCAGACAAUUUGACCCAGAGACGAGGCUUGGUGCGCUAGUUGCCACAGACAGGGCGUCCUCUACAGGGCAAACAAUAAUUUUCUUCGGAUUGACCGUCAAUACCUUAGUUGACACCAUUGCAGAUCUAGAGUUGUGAGGUAUGCCAGUUCUGUUAUCGUGCUUGAGUGUGUUUACCUGCCAUGAGACAGUGUAAGAUUUCGGGUUACAAGACUAACCGCGCGUCCGGGUAGAGGCAUAUUCAGUGACUAGGAAGUAUUCCAACCUGGAACCAGCCAAUGCAGCUAAUACGUUCGGAUUCCCUCAAACUGCUCUCCAUUUUCUGUGGACCGAAUUUACAUUUCUCUCAUGAAGUUCUAAAUGUUUGGUUUUUAACGAAUGAACUGGAGACGCAUUUGCGCCUGCCCUUUCAUGCAAGACUGCUUAGUUUGCCUCCAGAAGCGUGCACGUCAUUUGUUUGUUUCAUCAUUCAUGAUUUGGUGGAAUUAAAACACACGCUGGCCUUGCCAGAGAUCACUCCAUCCGAUACGGCAGUUUGUCGUUUUGCAGAGAACAACUGCCCGUUCUGGUAUCUUUAGUGUUCUCCCGCCCGACAAAAACUAACCCGAGCGUGGUGCUGGUAUUGAUGGUGCUCGUGGUGGUAGUGGUGGUGGCGGUGGUGGUGGUGGCUUUGGUGGUCCUAAUGAUGGUGUUGGUGGUGGUGGUGUUGGUGGAUGUGAUGAUGGUGGCGGUGGUGGCGUUGGUGGUUGCAGUGGUGGUGGUAGUGGUGUGGUGUUGAUGGUGGUGGUGGUGCUGGUGGUGUAGGUCCUGUGGAGUUUGUAUUGGUGGUGCUGGCGGUGGCGGUGGUAUUGGUGGUGGUACAUAUGGCACGCCUAAGACCUUGUCUUAAGCAAGGAGUUAUGUAAAAAGAUGUCCGCAGUCGCUCAAUCUUUUAAGUUGCGUGAUUAAUGCAGCCAAAUUACUAAAUGUCUGAAAACCUAUUAAUGUGGCUAACUUUCCCAAGUUUCUGGUGAGGUAUUGGAGUAUAAAAUUGAAACAGUGAGCUUAGGUCUGCAGACAGUGGGAGGUACAAAUAGCAAAAAAUUGGGUGUUCGAGGCAACGUACUUUGAUCUAUGUUUCAUUUAUAUCCCUUCCGCGGAACAUUGGGUAUGGCAAAUUUCGAAGAUCCCUGGUCCUGAUGGAAGCUAAUUAGUUUGAGGGAGACUUCAAAAUUUGCAGAUAAAGAAAAGAAAAUUUGGUUACUAAUCUCAUGUAACGCUAGCCGAGUCUUGGAAGUGUGUCCUUUAUAAAGCAGAAAUAUAAAGCAAGCGAGGACAGCAGAAUUUAAUGGUACCACAAAAUUUCGCGACGGCUUCUCAACUGCUGCCGGUCGUUGCAUAACAGAAAUAACAAGUGAGAAAGGUACAAAGGUUUGAAUUUCGACAGAGAAAAUAGAUGGAAAAAAGCAAAGUCAACGUGUUCUGCGCGUAGACUAAUCGAUAAGAUGGUAACUUCAAAAUGAAACAUAGGAAUGAAAAUGGGGAACUAGGCAUGCCGAGGGAUUUCGAAACUCAAAAGGGGCUCGGGUCUACCAGGGCAAGCUGAGGUUGACCACGUGGUCUAAUUGUUUACAUAGGUCGGGUUUCUCCCGCCGUAUAUAGGCUGCCUCCAGGUAGCGCAAUAACCGAGUAAUUCGUGCUCAAACUAAUACUCGAAAAGACGUCUUAGGGUCAACCGAAUGGCCACUAUCAAGGAGAUGUUUUGUAAUGGAAGACCGUGGAGUCUUGUUCUCCUGCUUUAGAAGCCAUUUAGGCACGUGCUCAACUGCUCUGGCUGCCAGUUGCCUUUGCGUUCGCCCAAUGUACUUGCAUCCACAAGUACAUGUAAAUUCGUAAACACAAUUUGACGUGGUGUGCAAUGGCAAGGCAUCCUUCGCCCGUGGAACUUCGAUAGCCUUAGUAGAACUGUAGAAGAUGAGUUCAGCUGCGUUGUAAGUUCUUUCAAUAUUGCAUCUCAAUCGCCGCUUGAUGGUAUUAGAGAUGUUGUCGCCCCUAAAGGGCAAGGAUAUUAUAACGGGCUUUCUUGCUUUAAAUUCAUUCCGGGGAAAUGUUCUUUCAAAGCAGAAAUAGUUAAUUGGAGUUGUAAUAUUGAUUGUCAUUUUAAAAUAUCUCUACCACAGCUGCAUGCCUGCGAGUCUCUUAGUCUGCAAAAAUGUUAACCUUACCAGUAUGAAUUUCCCCUACCGGCUUCUGAUGUCCUUGCUAUUAAAAAUAUCAAAAAAUCUUUCUUGUGGUGGGUUAAAAAUAAAUUAUGCCUUUUUGAGUUUCAUUAAAAAGUAUAGCACAGGACCUGAUAUUGCGCAUGAGUUUAUGGACUUCGAAAAAUAAACACGUUGUUCACAUUCUGAGUAAAGCAAAUCAUGAAUUAAUAUAUGUUGUUCAGUAAAUUUUAUCUAGGACUCAUAAAAUUUUGCAGUGGAUAAGGACUACACCGCAUUAUUCUUAGAGAGUACUAACUAGCGGACAGACACGAUGCUGUUUGAAUGGCCAUCGCACAAUCCUAAAUGCAUCAUAAUUAAAGAAUAUUUAAAACCCGAAAGACGGCCAUUCAUACUCGCAGGUUCUGGGCCCGUUUAUUAAUCACUUGUUGCAACUGCGUGACUCUGUCCUCACCGAUGAGUUAGACGCACUGUGUAACCGCCUGGCACUUUGUAACUGCGAGCAACAAGAGAUGCCGAGCUGGUUGCGAAGCUCUAAAGCAUAAUCAAAUCAUUUAAGAGGAGAACGAAGUCCUGGUGCACAAUAUGUCCUAUAAGCAGUUGCCCCUACACAAGUGAAAGUGCUGAGUCAUGAGGUUUGCUUCAACACCACAGACGCCGAUCCAGUCAAUCUCGUGUCCACGGUUGAGUCGAUUCUCAAACAAACCGGGAAAUCCGACGAAACAAAGCAACUCAUUCGACAGCAGGUAGGCUCCUUGGCUACGGCGCACACACCGCGUGCAAAUAUUACCAAGGCCGAGCAGAGCGCUCUCAAGACACUGAGGGCUGACUCCAGCACCGUGAUUCUAACCGCAGACAAAGGGCCUUCAACAGUUGUAAUGGAUAAGGCAGACUACAUUCAGAAGGCCAAUGCCCUACUGGAGGACCGACAGGCGUACCUACCAUGCAACGAUGAGCGGAUGAGGAGGCCGGUGACGCAACAAGUAGCGUUUCUAUCCUAUGACGCCAAGUUCAGCACAAGAAAUACUCGACCAGAAGACUUUAUUGCAUCCUUUGAAUCUACCCUCCAGAAGUAUGAGGCAGGCGAGUGGUGCAAAAACGCCGUGCGACAACAGAUGUCAACCUUACUCCUCAAACACAAACGCCAGAUGACGAUUUCUAAAGCAGAAGAUCGAGAACUUCUGAAGAUACGAAAAAUAAAGGACAGCAUCACUCUGCUCGCCGACAAGGGGCGCUCGACUGCCGUCAUUGAUAAGGCUGAGUACUGCAUAAAACUACGCAACCUCUUGAUGGACAAUGAAGAUUAUGCGCCAUCGACCGUCAGUGAGUUUUAA